GCGCUCUAGCUUUCCCGGAGAAUCCUCUAUCAGUAUCAAACUGGCUGAGUGUGUGCCGGAGACCGAACGGUUGGAAAUCUUGGCGGAAGGGAAUGAAUGUAGUUGGCGAACCCUGUAUACGGCUCUAGUCUUCGAUUCCCGACGAGCCGGUCAGCGAGGGUUGUUCGGGUAUGCGUGUAAACUAGAGCUAGCUGUCAGUUUUCUAUUUUAUUCUGGAUUAUGGAGAGAAGCGAGAGCAGCCGACGCAGUCUCCUACAGCUGCACACUGCGGCUGGCGAGCAUGAGGAGUCGUGGAGAGCCGUGCUGAAUCACGCUGCACCCACGUCCGUCGAUCAGUCCCAUCUCACCGUGCAGCAGGUGAGCGCCGUGCAAAAACUCCUGCAUGCUCGUCGUGUCGAACAAGACGAUGUUCUGGAGUCGAUGCGGAGCAGCGCCGCUGGUUCGGAUGGCCAGCAGCGAAGACGGUUUCAUCAGCGAAGUAGUCGAAGAGAGCUACAGCCAGGUACUAGUAGUAGUCGGGUGCUGGACGCAGCGGGGCAGGCCACUUGCUCGCCUGGGCAGCUGCCAGGGCUGAUCAAUACCAUGGAGCUGCGCCACGACACCAGCCAGCGGCUGGCCUGGGAUUUCCGUAGUCUGGACGUCGAGUGUACGGGUCGCUUGCCACUGCACCAAUGUGUGGUGCUCUUCGCAGCCAACCUGGGCUCGAAGUUCAGCCGGCGGGUGUGGAACGACUUCCGGGCCCAGCAGGUGGCACGCAUGGAGCAAAUCGGAGACCUGGGUGGCGCGAGUCUGGAGGAAAUCAGACAGGCACUGUUGCCGAUAGCAACCACCAAACACACGGAGGUCGGAAUGUCGGCGGAAGAGAUGCGUGCACUACUGGGCCAAGAACUUCACGCCAGUCAGAGUCGUUCGAUGGUCGAGUAUCGCCAGCUGGAGGAUGGUAUCAGCGCCCUGGAAGAGGACGCGGAAAAGCAGGAGCGUGCGGCACGCGGCCGCGAGCUCCGCGCGGCCGCGCAGCGCAGGAUUGCACGGUUCCGCGUGAUGGCCAUGUCGGAGGACGUGUCGGACGAAGAGAACGCUCUCGGCGGCGGUGGUGGUGGUGGUGGUGUGGAUGCUAGAGACGGGAAACUCGCCGAAUCCUUCGUAUCCGCCAACCUUCAGGCCUCGUUCCUGAGCAUGCAGUCCGCAGGUAGCGGGGACACUGCGGCAUCGUCAUCGCUAGUCAAGGAGCAACACAAACUCGACCAGGCGCAGUCGGUCUGGGACGUGCUCGAGCGGAAAUACGACGCGCUCUCCGAGAAACUGCUGGCGACGACGGCACCGCCGCGGGAGAAGUCGUCGUCGCUGCUUGACGUGCGUCAGUUGCGCGGGAACGCGGUGCGUAUGGUGCGCGCCGGUCGUCUGGACGAAGCCGAGAAAAUGCUGUCGGAGCACGCUCGCGCUGGCAGCGUCAUGUUGCUACUGGGUAGUACAGCAGCAGCAGUGUCAGCUGCGGGGAACAGCAGCACCGCAUCGGGGAACAGCAGCACCGCAUCGGGGAAUGGUGCAGUGCUGGUGAAGACGAGUGACUUCAUUCCGCUCAGCUCACCCGGACGUGCACUCGCCGAGUUGCGCCUGCGACAGAGCCAGGAACGCGACACGCUCAGCGAGCAAAUGCAUAAGGAAGGCGCUACUAGUAAAACGGCGGCGGGCAAAGCGAAACGUCGUCUUCAGCUGCAGAUCUCAGCGUGCGAAGCGGAGAAGAGUUUCGACGCGGCCAGUCUAUGUGUUGGUCUGUUUGAGCGUGCUCACCGGCCUGCCACUUUGGAUAGCCAUCAUCCGGACAGGGUGCGUUGCCAGGUGCUUGCGCAUGCACGACUGCCUCAGCUGUUGAACAGCGCCGACCUGUUCCAGGACUUCGCCGUUCUUGCCAAACGUCUCGCCAGCGACACACUGCUGCCCAGCGGCGUGGAGGAAGGUGGUGACCGCUUGUCGCUGGAACAGUCCAUCUUGAAAUUGCUACUUCACAGUCACGUCACCGAGCAGACUGUUCUUGUGUGGCUGCUGGAGGGAACCGGAACGGAGCAUUCCGAUCCACCUCCUGCCGAGUCCCUGUCACAGCACAUUGGUCAGCUGGAGUUUUCCCUGGGUGACCUCACUCGGCGCAGGGGAGCGUGGAUAGCUGAGCGGCCGAACGACAUGGAGACUGCAGUGGAAGAGCACCAGAGCAUACUGUGCAGUGCGGCGCAACUUGCCCGGGAUUCGUCGUGGCGUUGGUACCAGGGAGACCUCACACCUCUGUCUGCGACCGCCGGCCCUUUGAAGCUCGACGGCGUGGAUCAACAGGAGGCCGGAAGGACACGGUGUCCGCGGGGAGUUCUCGUUGAACUACUCGCUCAGUUGCAAGAAGUCCAGCUGGAGGAGAUCGAGUCGACGAUGGCCGAGAUGGGACGCAAGGAUGAAGAAGCACUACGCAGCAUCGUAUCUCGUCUUCACCAAUCACUGGUUGGUCUCCACGUGAAUAAUGUGGCUUCAGUGUUACUGCGACUACCGCCCAGCGAAGAACAGUGGAGAGACGCGCUUAUUAGGACGUCCAUACAGGCAAAGUUCCGAGCACUGCAGGAUGUGUUGCUACACGAGUCGUUGGCAUGCGGAGACGGCACUACGCUGUCACAAAAGGACUGGAAUGCAUUGCCGGUGCAACUCAAGCGGGAGGAGCUGGAAACGCUUCGCAUCGACGAGAGAACGAAUCGCUCCGAACCAUCCCCAGCUGGAAAAGCGCUGAAUAAGAUGGUGCAUAGUUCCGCCAGAGUUGCGCUUGCUGAUCAUUUGCCUGGGUCUGGCUCUCAGCAGAAUGCAUUUAAAUCCGUACCCCAGCUGCUGGAGGAGAUGUGCGCUAAUGUGCUCAGUAAGAGGAUGGACCAGUCGUCACUCCACCCUAUCGACCGGCAAAUGCCCGGUGCGGUUGUGACGUUGAUCACUGGAGCACCAUGCUUUGCCGAUGCCGUCACACUGGCACUCUCCGGCAAGGACAUCUGGAGUCCAUUCCGCACCACGUUGCCAUGGCAGCUGAGUUACCAUGGCAUGGAGAGAUUUGAAUUACUGAAUAUUCACCCCAGCGCAAGUCUAGGUUGGAGCUACACGUGGCCGCUGCCAGUCGUCAAGGAGACGAUGCUAUCCGGAGCAUUGCAAGCGCUAGCCUGCUGUCAGGUGAUGGAACGUCAGAUGCUGUGCACGUUGAUCACAGCCGUGCUCAAACUGCGAUUGGCCUGGCAGGAGGUUUCCACCAUGGAAGAAGUUGAGCUGAAGGGAAGACUUCAAGAGCUGACGGGUGGUGCAGUGACAUACUGGGAACAGGAUGAUAAAACACGAGAGCUGCUUCAGGAGCAGUACCAGCAGUGCGCGCAGGAGGCGGCUGUCAUCAACUUGCAGCAGCUGCAGGAUGAAAAGAUCGAUCCAACGGCAGCUGGUGAUGAUGCUUACUCGGCCAGUCCAGUGUUGAGUCGCGGCAGGGCGAUAGCAAAGCUGUGGCGGCGCUGCUUCGAGCUUCACUCACGUCAGCUCCAGCAGAUCAGUGUCUAUGUGGAGCAGCCGGAUGUCACUGCCAGUGCAUGUACUGCACUACACAGCUGCUUCCAGCAAGGCCAUUCUGGCAUGCAGCUGCUACAGACCCUAUCAUCACCUCCAUCUCAUAGCAGCACGGUUACCUACAUCGACACUCUUCUGUUCUCGCCGGCGCAAGACCCCACCGACCCGUACGCCGUUGCGAUUUCACGACUCGAGACGCAAAUCGAGUCUCCAGUCCUGACCCGCAUGUUGGCCACAGGAGAUUUCGAAGCGCUCACGGACAUUGCCCGCCUGGUCAAUGCAUGCCCGCUGCGCAAGAUCAAGAUGCUGCGACGUCGCUUUCUUGCUCUGGUCAGUAAACAACACGAGCGUGACCGUCCAUCAUCGGCUGUCUCGUCAUCAGCCUCGCCCUCGUCCUCCUCACCUAGACAAUCCGUGAUGGACACCGCUGAGGAGAUCGUCAUCUUCGAGCAAAGCCUGGAUGGCGUCAGUUCGAAGGACUCGGAUGAGCUCGCUGAGAUCUUGGCCCUGCACCCCGGUGGUGAGGACAGUUUCCAGGAGCUGUGCUGGCUCCUAUCCGAGAUGGGACUGCUACCUAAACAGGAGGAAAGGGCCGGUGAGAUGGACAAGUCAUCGGCGGCCGUCUCCAUCAUCCAGACGCUGGCAAAGCUUGGUCGGCAGCGCGCCAAGGCUAUGCAGCAGUGGAGUAAUGGCAUUACCGGAUCUAGUGCUGGCAGCAGUGAAGCGUCACUACGUGAGAAGUCAUCAAUACUGCAGUGUGCUCUAGCGUAUCAACUCUAUGUACUCGAUUGCCUGGGUGCUGAACAUGACGACAUCAAUAUGGCACUUCUUGUGCUGCUUAUCAAGUCAAUGAUGUCAUUGAGAAUACCGCAAGGUCAAAACGUCGGCAGUAUCACCUACUCGUCAGAUUGGUACUAUCACAAUCAGCUGUUAGCCCAGCGGUGUGUGCAGGCGUGGCAGUCGCGUACCUGCGUGGCCAUCACCUACGACUCUGAGCUCACCGUGCUAGUAGAGCGUGAUCAGCGGCGCGUGGAGACAUGUGUUACGUCGCCAGUGUGUCAGGCCAGUUAUGGUGUGUCAAGUCGUGUCACAAUGGUGCGAGAGUUGCUCAACCAACGGUGCAGCGUGAACAGACUGGAGGUUCAAAUACUGCUGCUGUUGCUUCAGCUGUGCGAUCUGGACCGUCCCGGGAUGGAGGAGUUGACGGAGCAGUCACCCGAGGACUUGAAGAGUGAGCUACAACGCCGACAUCAGGACUAUGACAGCUGGCACGAGGAGCAUGCUGACAACACAUUGCACCAAGUCAACGAGGCACUCAAGAUUGGCGAGUGCGGCGACGACUGGAAACCACUGGCACACGAUGACGUCACCACCGGCCUGGGUAUCCUUCACGACGCCACCGCCGUUCGUGCCGUGCUGACCAUGUGGCAGUGUGACGAGCGCGAGGCCAGCGACGAUCACGGCGUCGGUGGUGGCCAGUCACCGGAGGAGCAGGAACCCAUGGCUGUGCUUAUGCUGCGACAGCUUGUCUGUUGUCAGCAGCAGACCGAAGACAGGGUGCUGAGGGACUCUGUUGCCAUGACACUGCCCAGUCUCCAAGACAAACUGGUUGAGUGCCUCGUCCAGCGUUCUUCUUGUCAUUGGCAAUCUCUUGUCGACACGAUCUUCUCGGUGGAGGAUUUCUCCAAGCCAACGACGGGAGGCGACAGCAUGGCCUCCUCACAAGCAAAGAACAUCAGUCACCAGUUUGGCAUGCGACUGUAUCGCCUGACCACCAUGGACCUGUAUGGAGCGCUGGACACCAAGCUGCAGGAGAAGCUCAAGCGAAAGAACAAGAAGGUGCGUAAACGCAAGAGCAGCAACAAGCUGCCUGUACCGCUGGCUGAACCGGUAGUCGUCGACAACAACACACCCGCACUGGGUACCACGGAGAGAACAAAGGAGUUUGAGGACAAGCACCGGAUGAUGAUGAGCGAUCUGUUGACCACCUACAAUCGCAUGAGAGAAGACAAGCUCAAGAAACAGCAGGCACAGCGUGGUGAUGGAGGCGAUGCAGAGCAGAGAAGAGUUCGUUUCAGUUCCUCCUCUACCAAUGUCCUACGUCAUGCCGAGGCUGCAGGGGAAGGUCAAGCGGUGGCGGGCACAGACCAGGGAGGACAGACGUCACGCAAAAGACGGCAAUCUGCGGCCGUCAAUGAACGCCUACGAAAACGACGUGUGAGCCGAAGUCCACGACCCCCAUCAGCAGAGACCGCUCAGCCCCAUGGUGCUGGUGAUGAGGCACAGGCAGAUCUGGCAAAGCAGGAGGCAGCAUCUGGUGAUGGCGAGGUGGACACCACCAAUGCACCGGAGUAUGGUGGUCAAGAAUACGACGAGGAAGGUGAUGACGUCCCACUGCCUGAUGGACUCGGCGGGGACGAGGAGGAGGAAGAAGCUCAAAGCGAAGAAGAGGAAGAGGAGAGCGAAGAGGAAUUCCGACCACUGACAUCCUGGGGUGCUAAUCGACCUCGCACAGGCUUACUCCGAACACAUGCAUCAGCUGCUUCCGUUGCUGCUGGUGGUGCGCCAACCCGACCUCUCACACGCAUGGAAGAGGACAAGCUGAACAAGCGAUACAACAGCUCUGACAGUGAUGAAGACACUACGCCAGGUCAGGAGAGGAAGACAAGCAAAGCUCAGGAAGAAUUGCUGAAGGCUAAACAGCAGUUACUGAGAGAGAAGACACUCAACACGACAGUGGAUUUCGCGGACGGUGCCGAUGGCAGAGCUGUACGCACGGCCACCGUCACCCAAGAACUGGCUAAGAAGGAGAAAGGACGGCAGCGGCAGGAGGCACUGCGUCGCCACAAGGAGCGGCUCGCGGCCAAGAAUGCCGCUGCUUCUGCUGGUUCAUCCGUCUCCCCUGACUCCAAAUCUCCCCUAGCAGCUCGCAAGGUUAGCGGCGGCCCCGUUUCCGUCUCUCCCAGAAUUUCACGAACAAACGCCGACGGUGAGACCUCCGCUCCCACCGCCGACAUUGACGAGAUGGAACAGCUUCGCGGAACCAUGGCAACGAGAAUGCAGGAGGAGAAAAACCGACAGCAAGAACGCAUGCGCACAAGAGGUCAGCCGCAAACGGCAGCUCCGCCACUGGCAGCACACGAAAAACCUCGUGACGAGAGCUGAAGAUUCGGCGCCACAGUUGCCUAGAAUAUUUAUCUGCCUUUAUAACCUUUCACGAACUCGUAUCAGAUAAUCUGAAUUGUCAUAACAAUUUCAUAUUUAAAAUAUUAUUCAAUGACAGAAUGACCGUAGGAAUAUCUAUAAUAAUUGAUCGCAACUCUAGUACUAUAAUUAUAAUAAUCUUUGCUUUGCUUCCAAGCAUUCAGUCCAGGCUGUCUACGAAGCUUGCCAUUUAUUGCAAGCACACACCACGCUGUAUAUUGUACUAUCUGCUUGUCCUGUGCACUCUUUCAUUUGGGUAGCAGUGAGCAAGAAGUCUCCUCCGGGUAGCGGUGAGUA